AAUUGUCAAGAAAAGAGAUGUAAUAUUGUGGAUGGAACGUGUUUGGGAUGUAUUCUUGGAUGGACAGGAGACAUGUGUAAUAUAAAAUGUCCGUGGGGAUGGUAUGGCCUUGCGUGUAAAGACAGUUGUGCAGGACAUUGCAGAGGGAACCAACCCUGUAAUCACGUGACUGGUCAAUGUGAAGCUGGUUGUGCAAAUGGAUGGAUGGGGAAGUUAUGCGAUGAACCAUGUAAAAAUGGAUUUUACGGUCCAGGCUGUGUCCAUAACUGCAGUAGUCACUGUCUGAAUAACACCUACUGUAGGAGAGAAACAGGCCAUUGUGAUAACGGUUGUAACCCAGGAUAUACAGAAGAGUUUUGUAAUAAACCGUGUACGCUUGGAUUCUUUGGAAACAAUUGUCAUAGACAGUGCAGUACAAAGUGCAAGAAUAAAAGAUGCGACCAUAUUGAUGGAACUUGUUUAGAAGGGUGUUUAGAUGGCUUUGAUGGAAGACAGUGUUUAAACAUAUGCAAGGAGGGAUAUUUUGGUUCAAACUGUUCCAAUGUUUGUUCUUGCAACAAUUCCUGUAACCAUACUGACGGCUCUUGUAAUCAAGGUGUAGAGAACGUUGUUCAUUUGGAAGAUGAAUCAACUAAUGCUUCAACUAUUGGAGGUAUCUUAGGAGCGUUCGUAGUUAUUAUAAUCCUUGUUCUUCUAGCAGUCCUUUUUAUAAGAUUCAAAAGAAGAGCAUUAGCAGAAUAUUUUGAAAAGACGAAGAAGGAAGCGUUUUCGCCAGUGGAAUCGAAGAAGGAAGCAUCUUCCACAACAGUUUUCAGCAAUUUAAAGGAUGAACAUAAGGAAAGUGUCAGAAAUCGGACAAGCGUUUUGCGAGAAACUGCGAAAAAAGGUCCUCCAACGAACAAAACUAUUCCAGUGAGAAAUCUGAAGGCCACUAUAGUCAAAAUGUCUGCUGCUGAAAAUGCUGGAUUCAAACAUGAAUAUCAUGAAAUUCCAAAAGGGGAACUUUAUUCCUGCGAAGAGGCAAAGAAGCCAGAAAAUAAAGCAAAAAAUAGAUACACGUCCACAUUCCCUUACGACCACUCUCGAGUUGUUUUAAAGAAGCCACACGGAGGAGAUUAUAUCAAUGCAAAUUAUAUCGAGAAUGUUCUUGAUCAAAGAAACUACAUUGCAACUCAAGGUCCUAAGCCAAAGACGAUUGCUGAUUUCUGGCAGAUGAUAUGGCAGGAGAACGUUUCUGUCAUUGUUUGCCUUACCAACCUUAAAGAAGGAGGAAAGAACAAAUGUGCUCAAUAUUGGCCAGAUAUCAGCGAUAAAUUACAAACAGGAGAUUUCACUCUGAGGCACCUGGAAGAAAAAGGAUAUUCUAAUUAUACAACGAGGCGGUUCAAGGCAUACAAUAAUUUGGAGAAAAAAGAUCGUGAGGUGUUGAUGUAUCAUUACACAAGAUGGCCAGACCACGGGGUUCCCGAUCCACUCAGUCUUGUUGUGUUUCAUCGUCACGUGAUGAAAACGUCACCAAAAACUGGAAAAUAUACAUUGGUGCAUUGCAGUGCAGGGAUUGGUAGAACCGGAACAUACAUAGCUUUAGACGCCCUCUAUCGGGAAGGGGAGAGAAGCAGUAGAGUAAAUGUACCGAUGUACGUCAGAACAAUGAGAAAAGACAGAAUGAACAUGAUACAAAGCGACGACCAGUUUAAGGCAGUAUAUCUUGCUUUAUGUGAAUAUUUCAAUGGAAAAUCCAGAUGUUUGACACCAUCCAUGUUAACAAAGGAAUUCCAAGAUAAAACCUACACGAACUGUGGACAAGUUACAAAGAGCUCCUCGUUGUCAUCAGAAUUUCAAGAGUUACUUUCUCUUCGAAAAGAAUAUACAGAAAAAGACUAUGAAUCUGGCAGAACAAAUAUAUCAGCCAACUACACCGAGAGUGUUUUACCAGUGGAGGAAUUUUUGUGCUAUUUGUCAUAUACCAAGGGAAGGAACACGUAUUAUAACGCUGUACUAUUACAGUCCUUCACAGAGAACGACAGUCUGAUCAGCGCCCAGUACCCACUUCCAGAUUACACUGAGGACUUCCUCAGACUCAUCGGAGAUUUUGACGCCCGUGUUGUGGUUUUUAUGUGCCCGAUAAAGGAUUUAAAAUCUACAUCUCUUUGGAUUCCAACGAAAUCCGAACAUAAGAACUUGGGGAACUUUACCCUUAAAUUGGCCUCUUCCACCAAUUCUACUAACUUUGCAUCACGGAAAAUUGUCUUACAGUCAGAGGGAGGAAGGACUAUGGAGAUAACAGUACUGGAAUGUAAGGCAUGGAAAGAAGGGAAACUGACAAUAGAUAAAAGAGCUUUGUUAGACUUAAUCAAAGAAACAAAAACUGAAAAGUUCAAGCACAAGGGAGGAAGGGUAGCUAUUUUGUCCAGUGACGGAGCCACGCGUUGUGGAGCAUUUUGUGUGGUUUAUAACGCUCUAGAACAACUCUCAAUUGAUCAGGAAGUGGACAUCUUCACCAUAACACGACAACUUCAGAUCCGUAGACCGGAGUUUGUGUCUUCUCUGGACGAAUACCAGCUCUGUCAGGACGCUGUUGCAGAGUACAUGCAGAGUGACAGUGUGUAUGCAAACUGCUAGUUAUUUAAAAAAGUAAAU